GUUGAUUUUUGUGGAAAACUGCAUCAUUGUCAUUUAUUUUAAACUAAAAAUGCUAUGAAUAUACAAAAUAUGGAUACUACGAACGAUGUAACUUUGGAUUUAUCGAGGCGUGGGCUCAAGAAAAUAGAGAAAGCGCCUUCCGAGGAAUCAAAGGCGAUUAUCAACCUGAUUCUCGACCAAAACGAACUGCAACGUUUGGAUAAUCUUGAUACCUAUAACCGAGUCGAAAACCUGUCAAUAUGCAACAAUUUUCUGGUGCGAAUGCAUGGGGUGUCUCGGUUAACAAAUAUCAGGGUUCUUUCUUUAAACAACAAUGGUAUUUUGCAAAUUGAGGGACUAAAGGACAUGAUCUAUCUGAAAGUAUUAAAACUGGCUGGUAAUAAUAUAAAAUCUAUUGAACAUUUGAACCAUAAUAUACACUUGGAACAUUUGGAUUUAUCUAAUAAUCAAAUAUCAUUUAUCGCUGAUAUUUCAUAUUUAAAGAAUUUAAAGCAUCUCAGCUUGGAACGUAACAGAAUAGUGGACCUCCGCCAAUGUGACCGAUACCUACCACCCCACCUCACUCACUUGGGGCUCGCACACAAUAACAUCCCCGAUUUGAAUGAAGUGUCGUUCUUGGUGCAUUUAAACCAGUUGGAUAGCUUUACGAUACAGGGGAAUCCAUGUGUUGCUAUGGCGGGGAAAGACAAGUUAGGUUUUGAUUACCGGCCGUUUGUUCUAAACUGGAUUAUGAGUGUCAAAUCUAUUGAUGGUUUCAUUGUCAGCGCUAUUGAAAGCCUAAAAGCCGAGUGGCUAUACAGCCAAGGCAAAGGCCGGCACUUUCACGCGGGCCAACAUCGCGAAGUGUGCGAAUAUCUAGCUUCGACCUGUCCACUCACUGCUGAUGCGCUAGAGACGGAGGACCAGAGGAAACUGAGGCUUAUAUUAAGCAAGGCACAGCACCAUCAACAACAGUUGAAAGAUCAAAAUCAUAGUCCAGUGAAGUCGAAACUGCAGUCACCGAGAAUGCAAGCUCGCAUGUCCGGCCGUGCGUUAGGCCGUUCACCGGACCGUCUAUCGUGCAGCUACCACGGUGGAGUGCCGCGUACUGCCAGCCCGGCACCUAACGCCAUGUCUCUGUCUUGUUCCGGAGACCUGCCCGCACCGAACCCCGUGUCACAUAGUAUGUCACAUAGUGUGACACAUAGCGCGUCACAUAGUGUGACACAUACCUCGUCGCAUAGUGUCACAUACACAACACCAAACUCGGUGACACAUAAUGCGCCGCAUACUCCUCCGCUAAACACUCGAGAGAGGCAAGUUGUUCCAGAAGCAAAAGUGACAAACCAAUCACUAGAAGCGGCUUCCAAGAUGGUGCCCGUACCGGAGUCCCUAAUGAGUCCAGAUUACCAAGACCCAAUAUACGAUAUACAGAGAACGAUACCAAAGGCCAACUCUAUCUCUAACACGUCUUCGCAGUCAAGUAAUAGCAGCAUACAAGAAGAGAAGAAGAAGAAUUUAAGAGGCUCGCCCAGGUUGAGUAAAAGUGCAACCUCUUCACCGAAACUGAAAACCAAAAUGGAGCAACGCAACGGCAAGCAAGAUUCCAAAGAGAAGUUGAACGGCAUGACGCAAGACAAGGACAAAAUAGAUCCAGACAAGUUAGAAAUUAUUAAACUCGCGUCUAACCAAAGGAGGCAAAAGAAAAUGAGCGUAGAGAACAUGGCAGCGGUCACAAUACAAAAGAUGUGGCGUGGUUAUCGAAGUCGGAAUUUGAAUAAAGACACUAUGAGGAUUUUACACGCUAUACAAGCCGCUAGAGCAAGGCAACAUAUACAACGGUUGACAUGCGACAUGGAGGCAACAAAAGCAGCUCUAGAGAGCGAACGGAAGAUCCAGCAGUUGCAGAUGCAAGCCAUAAAUGCGUUGUGGAAGAAGGUCUCUACGCUGCAGACACCUGAAAUGCAAAGGCAGAAGAUGCCAGAUUUAGAUGAUAACUCUGAAGUGUUGAGGCAGCUUACAGAAACGUGCUUCAAUUUACAAACGCAGGUGGAAGAACUGCGCAGUUGCAUGCGCGAAGUGUUACGAGCUGUGAAGAAUCCGGGUGAACCGAGAGCCACACAGACAGACAUUACAGCGCUCACCACACCGCAGGAGGAGCGAGUGAGUUGGUUGCGGCGGCCGCAGUCUCUCGCACUGCCAUCUUCGCCGAGAGAUAACACGGACAAAACCGAAAUAGAAACUUUAGAAAUUGAGAGAACGGAAUCUGUCAUAGAGGAACAAGAUCAAAGCAUAAACACCGAGCCAGAAUUGUUGGUGGAAUGAAAAGUAUUGUAGAAUAUACGUGGGAAAUAUCACUUUGAUUGUGGAUUAUAUUUUUUGAGAUAUAGGGUCUGUUUUUAAAUGACUUGAGUUGUCUGAUUUUUGUUGGAAUUUCAUUCGAUUUGUCGUUGUCGACUUUAUUUAUUAGGAGAUAGAAUCUGUUUUAGGAUGACUAUUGAGUUGUAAGACUUUGGAAUUUGGUUUUUGAAAAUUCAAAUUCACAUUAUGUUAUAAAGUAUGAAUUCUCAUUUGAAUGGAGGAACAUUUUUUGUGGUUUAGAAAGUUUACCAGAUUUAUUUGUAUACAGAAGAUGUUUUGUUACUCAGUAUAAGAAGGGCAUUUUUUGUCUAAUGAUAAUAAUUGAGAAUUAUACUAUUAUAAAAUUUAUUUAUUUAUAAUCGGUCGUAUAUGUAUGGAAUUUUUUUUUUGUUUACGGGUUUAACCAAAAUAAGACACACUGCCAUAAAAUUUUCGAGAUCAAAGUGAUAUUUCGCACGCAAUAAUACGCUUUAUUGUUUAAGUACGUAAGGGUCAAUGUGGUACGCGCUUAUCGCUUAUACAAUACGCACGCUGCCUCUUUCUUUCGUUACAAGUGUGAGUGAGACAGAUGUCUCGUUAAUAUAAGUAUGUAUAUGUGAUGGAUUUUUUUUUUAUAGUAUUUUAAUGUUUUGUAAUAAUGUUAACCGAUUUGGGAAAAGGUUAUUAGGACGUUUUUUGUUGGGAUAGUAAUUUUUUUUUCAUUAGUUUUAGGUGCUAAAAUCAAGGUUUUUUCGUAAGGAUUAACAUAGUUUUGCUGUGCAUAGAUAAAUUGCCGAUUACGUAUUUGCUUAUACAUAAAGUAAAUAUCUAAAAACUAAUUCUGUCUUACCACAAAAAACUUUAGACAAGGUUUAACCACAGAAUACAUAAUAGUAGCUAAACGCUACAGAACGGACACUCUCCGCCUCCCGCCAAAAUGAAACACUUACCUCACCCCGCACGAUCAGCCUGAAAAUGGUCCGUAUUUGUCUGCAAGGACGAUACGCAACGAAGAUUGACAACAUUA